AUGGAUAAUAAUAUGCCUAAGCUUCAACCGCAGUACGCAUUGAUGGAUUGGUCGUCCCUUAUUCCUGAUCUGUUGGUGGAGAUAGCCAUACGCUUACCAGAUGUAGAGGAUUUCAUGGCAUUCAGAGGGGUGUGCGCUUGGUGGCGAACCGCUGUCACCAAAGAUAAGUUCGGUCCUUCUUGGCCGAGAGUUCCAUUGCUUAUGUUGGUGGAAAAAGAAGAGGAGGGAAAUAUGGAACGGGAGUUUUAUAGCCUAUCAAAAAGCAAAGUUUGCAUGAGAUCAUCCCUUCCACUAGCCAAGGGUAAACGAUGCUUUGAAGUGAGGUUUGGAUGGUUGAUGUCCCUCGCAGAUUACGAUGGGGUUACUUUAUGGAACCCUCUCUCAGGUCUGCAGUUUGGACUCCCCGAUUUCCAAGGGUUCCCUGACUAUAGAGAUUGCGACCCUUUAAUUUUCAUAACCAAAGCGGUACUAUCAGAGAAUCCAUCUAAGGUGUCAGAUUUUACUUUAGUGGCUAUUUGUCGUUCGGUGUUUUUAGUUUUCUGGAGGCCUGGAAAUAGGAAUUGGACGCUGAUCAAAACCAAGAGAGACUCCGCUUUCUUGGAUGUGAAUUACUUCAAAGGCAAGUUCCACGCAAUCAAUACUUGCGGAAACAUCUGGGUUUGGGAUGAGAAUAUGUAUGAGGACGGUGACGACUCUUCUGAUGAGGAGGCUGAUCAAGUAUAUAAGACUAAGUACUUUUACACCAGGCAUUUUAAAGUUUAUCAAUUGGAUACGGUGAGAAACGACUGGGCGGAGAUUCCUCAUUUGGGAGGCGAUGCAUUGUUUGUUGGGUAUAAUGCCACAAUCGCGGUUCCGGGGUCCGAACCAAAAACAAGAAAUGGAAUAAAACCUAAUUGUAUAUAUUUUUCGGACGAUAGAUGGUUGACAUUCCAGGAAAUGGGAGGAGGUGGGAGAGAUAUGGGAAUCUAUAAUAUGGAAGAUGGAAACGUUGAACGUUUGGAUGGCCUUGACGUUGGCGUUGAUGUUCAAGAUAAGUCCGUUCUAAGUUUCAUCUCUCCACCCUUGUGGAUUCCCCCUAACACUUGA